AGGGGGGGGUGGUUAGGGGCGUAGGAAGGGAUUAAGGUCUUGAAUACUUUUCUCUGCAACCUAUCACCUCAGACAGAGGACGACAAACCAUUGCAGCGCGGCCAGGUCAGGAGCUGUGGCCUUACCCAACUCCAUAUCAUCCCAACAAGGACAGAGUUUGCAUCAGUGAUUCAGGCUUUCCCUGUGGCUACACCUUGACACAAAUCAAUUCUUGCUAGCUCAGCAGGGCUGCCAGGAACAUCCUCACUGUGUCCUCAUAGACUAGGUCUGCCAUGACACAGGACCACAGAUUGGGUGGAAGGUUCCUGAUGCCUCCUGGCUCAGUACCCACUCUGUCUUUGCAGAGCUCCAAGGAGGACAUCAUUGAGGUGCUGGCCCAUGGACCCGACUACACCACCUACGGGGUCAGGGUGCAGGUGCACCAGGCUGAUGACACAGACCAGUGCCUGUCUGAGGGUGCAGCUGAGCGAACUGGUAACCUGCAUGAGUCCUGCAGGAUGCAGGCCCUCCAGCAAGGCACCUCGGAGAAGGUGGCCAUGGCCAUGGUACCAGCUUUCCCGGGGGGAAUCGUCCCCCACGUCUCCACGCUGGCCUUCUCCAGAGCCCAACGGUUCCUGGAGGAGCUUUUAACUAGGUCGUGUCCACCAUCCAUCAGGGCUGAUGCCAUCAGAGUGUUUUUUCCAUCUGGAGGCACACCUCCUUACAAUGACCGGGGUGACACACCGCAAGCCCAAGUCAUAAAGGCCUUUGCUGCGAUGGUGGGGACCUGGCUGGACCAGGUCCAGGGUUUGGGGCAGCCCCUUCCUUUCGCCUGUUUCGAGGCAGAGCAGGCCUUGGUGCCCAUCAACUCCCCUGCUUCACACCUGGUGGGCCACGCCCAAAAUCUAUGGUUGGAGCUGCAGCAUCUUGAGCCCACCAAGGCAACUCAGGAAGGUCCACGCCCUGAGCUCCAGAGCUCUCCAGAGACAGAGGAAGGGCCUGCUCAGGGGCCAGAGCCUGGUCCAAUGAGAGGCCCUGCCCUGGCCUGGCCUGGCCCAAGGCAGUACCUGAAGCCAUUAUGGAGCCAGCUACUGGCUGCGCUGGAAGCCUUCUCUUUCUCUGUUCUAAGAGUUCUAGGCAAUUACAUCAAAUAA